AUGGUAGCCUCACCCACGGCAGUGUAUGUCGCUCCAGACGGUACGCAGAAACAGUUUGACGUAGGAAAGGGACCCCAUUCGACCAGUGGAACCAGCACAAAGAUAUCUGACGUGGUUAUCAAUGCUGGCGGAGAAGAUAGAGACAAGCCAUCUGAAGCUAAAGACACCCCAUUGGGACAUUUACGAGCCGAAUUGACCACUUUACAAGACCAAGUCAAUGUGUUUUUGACACAAAGAAUGAAAGGGGGUGACGAGGAUAUGGAGAGAAGAGUCUUAGAUGGAGGAGAUGAGGAGGAGGAGGAGUAA